AAAAUAAAAGACAAAGCUUGAAAAGAAAACCCCAAAUAAUGGAGGAGAAGUGUGGAGGGCCAUCGGAUAUUGCAGAUGAGAGAGAAAGAGAGAGGAGCAUGAAGAAUCCCAAUGCACAGAUAUAGAGAUAUACAUAUAGAGAGAGACAACUGAGUGUGGUGAGAGAGAGAGAGAGAGACAGCUGAGUGUGUACUGUGUGGACUCUCUGUGCCUUGUCACCAAUUAUUCAUUAUUUUUUUCUGGGCAAAAAAGGCAUAGAAAGGGAGUGCUGGCACUCCCUAUGCCGCGGAAAAUCUCAUCUCUCUCUCACUCUCUCUCUAGAUUUAUGUAAAAUUUCUCUCUCUACUCUUCCGCUCUGAUGCUAUGAUCUGAACAUAGAUUCGAUCUUCCUAUAAUAUCUCCAAAACGACCCACCCAGAUCGGAGAUACACCGACCCAUGAAAGAGGAUCGCUCGGAAAUGUCCGAAGACGACGGCGAUAGCCCGUCGCCACCGGAUCUCGGCGCCUGCGCCACCGAGACAUCCUCUAACAGAUCUCGGAGCUGCGCCGUCGUGGGCGGCGGCUUUUACGUCUCUCCGUCCGCAGAACAAGUGCUGGAGAACGUUCUCGAGAACGUGCUCUUGUUCCUGAGCUCUCGGCGGGACCGGAACGCCGUGUCCAUGGUGUGCAAGUCGUGGUACCGUACGGAGGCGCUCAUGCGAUCGGAGCUCUUCAUCGGGAACUGCUACGCGGUGUCGCCCCGCCGCGUGACGGAGCGGUUCCAGCGGGUCAGGGCGGUGACGCUGAAGGGGAAGCCGAGGUUUGCUGACUUCAAUCUGAUGCCGCCCAAUUGGGGUGCGCACUUCACCCCCUGGGUCAAAGCCAUGGGCGAGUCUUAUCGUGGGCUCGAGAAGCUCUACCUCAAGCGCAUGACCGUCACGGACGACGAUCUUGAGAUCCUGGCUAAUUCGUUCCCGUGUUUCAAGGAGCUCGUGCUCGUCUGCUGUGAAGGGUUCAGUACUAGUGGACUAGCGUUCAUUGCCAACAACUGUAGGCAACUUCGAGUUCUUGACCUGAUUGAGGAUGAGGUUGCAGACGAUGAGGUGGAUUGGAUUUCUUGUUUCCCAGAUGGAGAAACUUGUCUGGAGUCUCUCAUAUUUGACUGUGUUGAGUGGCCGAUAAAUUUUGAGGCAUUGGAGCGACUGGUGGCAAGAUCACCUUCGUUGAAGAAACUUAGUUUGAACCGAUAUGUUUCGAUUGGGCAGCUUUACCGUGUGAUGGUUCAAGCUCCACAGCUCACCCAUCUUGGGACAGGCUCAUUUAGUCCCUCGGAAGUUGUUGCUCAAGGUGACCAAGAACCUGAUUAUGUCUCCGCUUUUGCUGCUUCCAAAUCUUUAGUUUGUCUCUCAGGUUUCAGGGAAAUUAUACCGGGUUAUCUGCCUGUCAUCUAUCCGGUCUGUGCUAAUCUCACCUCUCUGAAUUUUAGCUAUGCCAACAUUAAUGCAGAACAACUUAGAUCAGUCAUUUGCUACUGCCAUAAGCUCCAGAUUUUCUGGGUACUGGAUUCAGUCUGUGAUGAAGGACUUCAGGCAGUGGCUGCUACAUGUAAAGAUCUCCGGGAGCUUCGAGUAUUCCCUAUUGAUGUUAGCGAGGAUAGUGAUGGCCCUGUUUCCGAAGUGGGUCUCCUCGCAAUUUCUGAAGGGUGUAGAAAACUGCAGUCAAUUUUAUAUUUCUGCCAGCGGAUGACAAAUGCAGCUGUGAUAGCCAUGUCCAAGAAUUGUCCAGAUCUGGUGGUGUUCCGUCUCUGUAUAAUGGGGCGGCUUCGGCCUGACCACACUACUUUAGAACCAAUGGAUGAGGGUUUUGGUGCCAUUGUCAAGAACUGCAAUAAGCUUACCCGGCUCGCUGUAUCUGGUUUACUAACUGAUAGGGCAUUCAGUUAUAUUGGACAGUAUGGGAAAUUGGUUAGGACUUUGUCGGUUGCUUUUGCUGGAGACAGUGAUAUGGGGCUGAAGUAUUUGCUAGAGGGCUGCUCUAGGUUGCAGAAGCUUGAGAUCAGAGAUAGCCCCUUUGGAGAUUCGGCUUUGCUCUCUGGUCUCCACCACUAUUAUAACAUGAGAUUCCUCUGGAUGUCGACAUGUAGAUUAACUCGCCAAGGUUGCCAGGAGAUUGCUAGACAAAUGCCCCGUCUGGUGGUGGAAAUGAUUGAUGGGAAUCAGCAAGAGGAUUACAAGGGCGACUCUGUUGACAUAUUAUACAUGUAUCCAUCUCUUGAAGGGCCUAGGGCUGAUGCACCAAGCUUUGUGAAGAUCCUGUAAACUUGCUAAAUGGGAGGAUGUUUCAUCUCUAUGUUGGCUACUGAGCAAGUUAUAAACUUCUUUGCAGGAAAGUUGGAUAUGAUGAGUAGCUUUUAUAAGUCAUAACCUGCAAGAAGGUUCUUGCACUCUUAUUUUAAACAAAGACGAGUGUGCCAAAUUUUCACUUGGCCCGAGAUCUUGUAACAGCAUUCAAAGAAGAGGCUGUAAAGGACCUGUUUACUCCCCAUGCUUUGUGGUUCUUCCACAUGGUUUGAAGAAGCUGGCUAAAUGUGGAAGAUGGAUGCCACUGUAAUCAUCCAUUGUUGUGGUAUGGGUACGCCUUUAAAUUUAUGUUUCUUUUCUCUUUUGUAUUCAUUUCGUAAAAGAAGAGGCUUCUGGAGGUAGUAGCAAGGGGAAGAAUCGUUGAACUGCACCGAGGCUUGAUGGAUAUCUGCCUAUAAAACCGGAUCAAAUUAUUCUGUGACGAAGAAUCAAAGACGGGUCAUGAAGAAUUGGAGACGGACAUGAAUUUCGAGAACUUCCCUUGCGUUGCCGCGGAUGAAGGAGCCAUUUAUUUUCAUUUGAUAGAUCUGAGUCGUCUUAUUUUCGUUCAAAUGUUAGUCUCAGGACUUCAAAGGUGUAGCAGGUGAGAACGACAAACUCAUAUGCCCAGAAUGAUCCCUCCCUCCCUCCCUCUUUCUCAAAAAAUGUUUGUUAUUUUCAGAUGUGUUGGUUCUUAGCACCUGACUGUUGAAUUUGUUAUUGUUAUUGGUAGCAAAUGUGAGAUGGGUAAUAAAUGCCAAAUAUGCAUUGGACCA